GUUCCAUCGCGGCCAUCCCGGAAUGCAGCGAAUGAAGGCUCUCGCUCGAAGCUACGCCUACUGGCCCAGCAUGGACACCGACAUCACCGAUUUCGUCCGAGCAUGCCAGCAGUGUGCGUCCGUAGCUAGAUCGCCUCCUCACUCUCCACCGAUGCCGUGGCCCAAACCGACCGCUCCGUGGCAACGCGUCCACGUCGACUACGCCGGUCCGAUCGAAGGCGAGUACUACCUCCUCGCAGUCGACUCGUUCUCCAAAUGGCCAGAGAUCGUCCAGACAACCCGUAUCACCUCAGCGGUGACAGUUUCCAUUCUCCGUGGGUUGUUCGCUCGGCUGGGUAUGCCCGCUACGUUGGUCAGCGACAACGGUACCCAAUUCACCAGCGCUGAAUUCGCCGAGUUCUGCACCUCCAACGGCAUCGAACAUCUCACGACGGCCCCGUUCCAUCCGCAAUCGAACGGCCAGGCGGAACGUUUCGUGGACACUUUCAAGCGGGCCGUGAAGAAAAUUCGAGAGGGGAGAGGAUCGAUGCAAGAGGCACUGGAUACCUUCCUCCUGACGUACCGAAGCACGCCCAACCGGGCUCUUCCAGACCAGAAGUCGCCAUCCGAGGUCAUGUUCGGGCGCAAAAUCCGCACGUGUCUCGAGCUUCUGCGUCCUCCGCCGGUACGGACACCGGUGCCCACAUCGAACGACAGCAAGCAACCGAGAUCCUUCCACCGAGACGACCCCGUUUACGCCAAACUCCACAUUCGUAACGGUUGGAAGUGGGUUCCCGGUAAAAUCGUCGAGAAGAUUGGAGACGUGAUGUACAACGUGUGGGUCGAAAACCGCCGAAUGUUGCGCUCGCACAUCAACCAGCUCCGGAGUCGUAUGGCCACUGACACGACGCCGAAGCAAUCCGCUGGUCAGGUCACCUCUCGCCAGCAUUCGCUACCACUCGACAUCCUGUUGGGUGCCUGGAACUUGCCAAACCAUUCGCCAAGCACGCCGACGUCAGCCACACCGCCGAUCGCGCCAAGAUCUGUAUCAGUCUCCAGUCCCGAGCCUACCCUGAUAGGUUCCGAGCCGGCUUGUGCCUCGUCAACUCCACGGCACGAGCUCCCGGUAGUCCCGUCUACGUCUUCGUCAUCGCCAACAUCAACAUCGACCGAUUUCGAGUCCGCUAUCGAAGUGGAACCAAUGGUAGAGCUACCUAGGCGUUCUUCACGUACCCGAAGGCCGCCAGUCAGGUUCGACCCCUACCAGCUCUAUUAAGAGGGGAGAUGUUGUGGACAACCCGAUUGCGGUGUACCGCGCCGCUGAGCUCGCACAAGACAGAGCACUACUGUCGUGCGCGAUGCAAUAGAAGCGCAUCAAUGAAUUUUAACUUGGUUGUCGUUUGUGCUCUGUGUCUGUGUAUUGUUGUCCAUAGUAGUUUAGUUUUUGUUUACGUCUCGCGAUAAAUAUGUUGUACCCGUUUUAACGUGUCGCGAAAUAAAGUAGUUUUAACCAGUUAAUCGUGCGCGUUUUAUUCCCCAAUGUAGGGACACCGGAUCACGAACACCGUCCGGUUACCGCGGU